UUUUAAUGGAAAGUUUAAUUUCUGUGUUGGACACCUGCGACAACAAGCCUGAAUUUUGCACUUUUCAGGCUGAUAACGAUUCGUAGAAAUGGAGGAACCAUUGGAUAAGCUAGACGAGGCUACCAGUCAGGAUACCUUCAUUUGUGGCCGAUGUCAGCACAAAUGUGACUCAGUCAUAGCAUUCCUCAAGCAUCAAACAAAUCACAAGGAUGUACCCAGGGGGUAUCGGUGUGAACUGUGCUUCGAGGAGUUCUCUUCUGACUUAUCAAUGGUGGAGCAUUACUCUGACCAUCACAGAGUCAGUUUUCAAGAAGGCGACCCAGUCAAUGAGAAGAAUCCUUAUGAGGUGGUUGAGGUUGGCGAGACCGAUGGUAAGAUCAUCGCUGUCGUGGUUGACCCUGACACUGAGUGCAUCAAUGACGAGGAUGAAAACGUCUACUCAUUAAUCAGAAAACAAAUACCCGAAAAGGCCACCGGGAAGUACCUACGAGACACGAUCAACUACAGAUUUGCUUUGGAAACUGUGACUGUACAAGGAGCCAAAUUCACCUACGGUAAAUCCAUCUACAGAUGCCUGUUCUGCGAUCACCAUACUUAUGAGGUGGAAAUGAUGUCGAGGCACAUGUUUGACUCCCACAAGAACUUUAUUAAUGAUUAUAAAGUAGGCAAGUAUGAAAAGAUGUUCUUGGAGAAGAAGAAGAAAGACGGGGAGGAGUUCAGAGGUCAAAUAACGUCCCUGUCAAAUUACAGGUCUUGCCUGAAUCCGUUGAGGCAUAAAAACACCAGACUGAAAGUAAAGCAGAGGCAGAAGAAGAAAACGCUAGAAAGUUAUCCCUGUCAGACGUGUGGUAAGGUGUUCAAGAAGGCUCGCUUGAGGCGGGUUCACAUGGAGACUCAUCGCACGGAGAAGAACUUCUUGUGCGAUGAGUGUGGUAAGGCCUUCAAGUCCAGGAACCGGCUGACCGCACACCGGAGAUCUCACCGGGAGAAGAUCUUCAAGUGUCAACAGUGUGGCUUCCAGUCCAAGCUCCACAGCGAGAUCCACAUGCAUCGUCAGGUGCACAGCAGCGGCUGCGUCUUGUGCCACAUCUGCGGAUCCGCGUACACGGACCGUUCAACUCUCACCAAACAUAUGGCCGUUCACUCCAUGGACCGUCCGUUCCCUUGCCUCUUCCCUGGGUGCACCUGGCGCUUCAAGACUGAACCACUAUGCAGGGCUCACUACCGAGCUCACACGACCAAAGGAAGGUUCAAAUGUCAGAUCUGCAACUAUCUAUUUCGACACAAGCACCACCUUUCGAGACACUUGGGCGCCGUUCACGGCAUUGAAAUUAUGAAGCACCAUCCAAUGAGGGCGGAGAUAGUGCCGACCGGUGACAAUCCUCCAGUCUCGAUGGAAGGCGGAGCAACCGAUAUGCAAAUGAUCCAAGUAGUACUAAACAAUCAAGAACAACAAGAGGUGGUGCCAGGGGGUUAUGAUAUCAUUGUGAAUAUGUCACUGUGAAUAUAUCAUAGAGUUAGAUAUGAGGGCGCACUGGCCUACAUUUGCGGCCCCGGCAUGCGCGUGUGGGGACGUUUUCUUUGUUCACAAAACACUCCUGCAAAACGGCAUCACAGAGCGUGUGUUAGUGCGGCCAUUUUGUAAGUUGACAAUACAGCAUCGAGUACAUGUCUCCUUGCGGUCCAGUCACAUUUGUGCAAGCAAUAUCACCAGUGCGCCCUCUAGUUCUUAUUUAACUCUAGAUGGAAGAUAUCGAUCAAGGGGUAACUUAUUGUGGGCGGGGCUUAAUGCCAAUUGAGGGCUGAGCUCAUCAUAUUGCAAAUGAUCCAGGUAGAACUUAACUUUGAAGGUUCUUGAUUCAUUUGGAAAGUUCCAUGUGGAACAAAAAUUAUUUCCUAUGGAAAUUACUGAAGACAAAGUAUUUCCCCUUGUUUUAAGCAAGCAGCUGAUAGAUAGCCUCAUCAUUGUGUUGAGAAAAUCUGGUUCCUAUUAUGUAGUACAUUUAGUAGGAAAAGUCAAUGCCAGAAAGUCUGGAUUUCGGAGAGAAGUUAAGUUUGAAACAACCAGUGAACCACUGACCAUAAACCAGUAUGUUUAGCAAAUAGCAAUAGAACGAUCCAUUAAGCUCUGCCCCAUUGCGUAUUGACCAAUCACAACGCAACGAAAGUCCGACACUUUGGUCCGACAAGCGUGCGCAUAUCUUGGCGCGCCCGGCAGAGUUGUGCAGAAAGACAUUGGAGAGCCCCAUGUGUUCUUGCUCACACGUGCGUCGUGGGCGGAGCCUACUGGAUCGGUCUAUUGGCCAGUAACGCCACCAAUUCUGCAGUCCAGUUAUCCAUCCUGACAAGUAGGUCUAUCACAUAGUGCAGUGCUCAAAUUUGUAUACUGGACCCCAGGCCUGAGGCUAGUGAUUUUAGCUUCGGGCCACUCGGACAGUUAGACGAGUCUGGCGGUCUUUGUUUUUGUUCAAAUGUUUACUUCUUUCUGAUAAAGUGUGAUUGCAUAUAAACGUUGCCAUUCUAUUGGUUUAUAUGCAUUUCGGUAUUUUAAUUUGUGGGGUUUUCCUUCUUUCAUUUUUAUAGAUAAAACAAAAUGCAAACAAUAGGCCACUACACUCUUCAUCUGGAUUCUUCUAUUUACCCUUUCACCACCAAGCAUAAUUUGUAACUUUGGCUCCAAAUGCCAUCAUUUCAGGAACACAAAUUUCACUCUUAGCAAGUUGAUGAUUGGCUGGGCUCGGAAAAAGUGUGGCACACUCGGGUUUAAAAGGCACUGGACACUACUGGUAAAUAAUGGAGAUUAAAAUUAGUACUGGUAACUUAUCAGCUUUUCCUGAAAAUGUUGUGAGUUCAUCCAAUUGCAAUUUGUGGCAGUGUCACGGCCGGGCGGUAUCAAGCACUGGUGUUUGAUCAGCAGGGUGUGGGUUCGGAUCCUGGUCGUGACACUUGCUAUAUAAUAUU